AUGAAGGGCGCAUCAUUCUUAUCCUCUGCGCUGGCCUUGUGCCUUGGAACAGGUCUUGUCGCUGCUGCUCCUAAAGACGCUCAGAAACCUGGCUUUGAGAAGGGCCAGCCAUAUGACGGAAAGGGCAAAGGUUCCGUUAUUCUAGGCGGCACCAAUGAGGAACUUGAUCUUCAGAACCCCGACAACCUCGGACGCCAGCCAACCGACAACGGUGUUGUUCCUAACCUCAAGUGGAGCUUCUCCGACUCCAAGACUCGCCUCUUGAAGGGUGGAUGGGUUCGUGAGCAGGUCAUUCAAGACCUUCCCUCUAGUCAUGACAUCUCUGGUGCUCAGCAGCAUCUUGUCAAAGGCGCCAUUCGCGAACUUCACUGGCACCGCGUUGCCGAAUGGGGCUUCGUAUACAACGGGUCUGUUCUUGUCUCUGCCGUUGACGAGCACGGCCGAUACCAGGAAGAAGUUCUCAACUACGGAGACAUAUGGUACUUCCCAAAGGGAGCCGCCCACACCAUCCAGGGUCUCGCGGAUGAGAACGAGUAUCUCCUGGUCUUUGACGAGGCCGACUUUGACAAAGUUGGCACCACUUUCAUGGUCGACGACUGGAUCACUCACACUCCUAAAGACAUCCUCGCCAAGAACUUUGGUGUCGACCCGUCAGUCUUUGAGAACGUCACCAGCCCCAAUCCCUACAUCCUCAACGCCGAGGUCAGCAAGAGGAACGUCACCGACGGCCCAGCCGGUACACUCUCAGGUAACAGCUCUUUCGUCUACCGCACACUCCAGCACGAACCCGAGAAGAUUGGUGGUACAGGUGGUAAGUUCUGGAAGAUUGACUCAACCAACUUCCCUGCUUCCAAGACUCUUGCGGCGACUUUUGUGACACUAAAGCCGGGUGGUCUACGUGAGCUUCAUUGGCACCCUAAUGCUGAAGAGUGGCUGUACUUUCACCAGGGUAAGGCCAAGGCUACAGUGUUUAUCGGCAACGCUGCUGCUCGGACCUUUGACUUUUCUGCUGGUGACACUGCAGCGUUCCCCGACAACUCUGGUCACUACAUUGAGAACACGUCUGAGGAUGAAGAUCUCAUUUGGAUCGAAGUGUACAAGUCCGACCGCGUCGCUGACAUUUCUUUGACCCAAUGGCUUGCUUUGACGCCCCCCGAGGUUGUUGCUCAGACUCUCAACGUAUCGAUCAGCUUUGUUGAGAGUCUGAAGAAGGAGAAGCAAGUUCUUAUCGAGUAG